GCGCCGGAGUUCCCUUUUAGGCUCUAAUCCUUCCUUCUUCUAGCCCGGGGAGAAGGCGAGGGCGGUUCCCCAGAAUGCCCGCCCCCAGGGAGUGAGGGGGCGGCAGGCAAGUACCCUCUAUUUGCAUAGCGCCCGGGACUUGGCGCGCACCGACGCAGCUUCCGCGUCGGGGGGAACUCCAAGUCCCGGAAUGCCUCUCGGGUAGAUGUCUCAUAUGGAGCUGGCGUUGGACCCGGGUGACCAUGACCUGCUGGGCUUCUUGCUAGAGGAAAGCGGAGGUUUGGUGGCGGCGCCCGAUGAGGCCUUGGAGGCUCCGCUGGGUUGGGAGCUGCCACUUUAUGAGGCUCUGAGCAAUUGGGACGUAGAGGAUUUCCUGAGCUGCCUGCCGAGUCCCCCAGCAUCGUUGACCGUUUUCAGCAAUUCUAACCCCUGUCUUGUCCACCAUGAUCACACCUAUUCUCUCUCACGGGAGCAUGUCUCCAUAGAUGUGGAUACUGAGAGAUAUGGAGAAGAGGGGGCUCAGAUGACUCCAUUGCAUGUGGAGGAGCCGGCAGAGCAGGAACCCCAGGAGAUUGCUAGGCUAAUACUGACUGAGGAGGAGAAGAGGCUCUUGGAGAAGGAGGGGCUUACCCUGCCUGGGACGCUUCCUCUUACUAAGAUGGAGGAACAAGUUCUGAAACGAGUGCGGAGGAAGAUUCGAAACAAAAAGUCUGCUCAAGAGAGCCGCAGGAAGAAGAAGGUGUAUGUGGGGCGUUUAGAGAGCAGGGUUCUGAAAUACACAGCCCAGAAUCUGGAGCUACAGAACAAAGUACAGCUCCUGGAGGAGGAGAAUCUGUCCCUUUUGGAUCAGUUGAGGAAACUCCAGGCCAUGAUGAUUCAGACAGCAAACAAAGCCAGCAGCGGCACCUGUGUCUUGGUCCUGCUGUUCUCUUUCUGUCUCCUUUUCGUACCUGUGAUGUACUCGUCGGACACAAGGGGGAGUCUGCCAGCUGAGCGUGGAGUGUUGUCCCGCCAGCUUCGUGCCCUCCCCAGCGAGGACCCUCCCCAGCUGGAGCAGCCUGCCCUGCAGUCAGAGGUACCAAAGGACAGCUUGGACCAUGAGCUCCAGGCUCUUAGCAAUUCUUACUGCCUCUUCUAUCACAUGCCUCAAGCUCCUAGUGCAGAGCCUCCCCUGAAGUUGCCACUGCCUGACAGUUUCUCAGCGUCCUCCUGCCCAGGUCCCAUCUCUCCCCUGCAUGCAAAUCUCACAAGUGAGGGAGGAUGGCUCCCUACCCACAGCUCCACGUCUGUUAUCUUGCCGGGCAGAUAUUCAGGCUAGGUGUGAGGAUGUGGGGGCCUCAGUCAUGGUCUGCAGCCCCCAGUCUGUGUUCAGAGGAAAAGGGACGGGAGGGGGCUCGCCUCAGGUCCUGGUGCCCUGUCAGGAAGCCUGAGGACUCAAACACACCACACUUACUGGCUUUCUGGGUCUUUUAUUUGUACCCAUGUAUGUCUGUCACCCCAUGAAUGGGCCUGGGGGAAUCAACUGACCUCCUUGAACACUUCAUGCAGUGAGGGGAUGGGGUGAAGAAAGAAAUAAAUAAGUGAUUCUGA